AUGCGCUCCCUUCCGAGAAGAAUCAACCCUCUCAUCCUGCCAGAGGUUUCACCGCCAUUCAAGCCAGGCCAGAUCGGCACAUCCAGCGCGACGAAACCCGAGAACCUGGGAAUGUUUGAAUAUGCACACUUGAGAGCACCGUUGCCCAAGGACCUCAAGGGUUCGGAGAUUUUUUCCUUCCAAGCGCCACAACAGCAUCCAGAGGCGUAUUUCCUGAUGGUGAGCCUUACCCUUUUCCUUAUCUUCAGCACGAUGUCGACCCCUUGCUUUCCUGAUCUAUGCGCGCGAAUGAUUCGGAAUUGGAAACGACGGAGCAAAGAUGGUUAUGUCAGUGCCACUGGCAUGUUCAAAAUCGCAUUCCCCUGGGCGAAGCACUCCGAGGAGAAAACUGAACGGGAUUACCUGAAGAGUAGAACAGAGACCAGUGAAGAUGAGGUCGCCGGGAAUGUUUGGAUCUCUCCCGAGCUAGCACUUGAAAUCGCAAAGGACUACGGCAUGUUCGACUGGGUUCGAGCGCUCCUAGAUCCAACAGAAAUCGUCCAGAACACAUCAAGCCCAGAAAAACAUAUCUCGCCUCCACCGAAAUUCGAAUUGCCGCCAAUUGAUUCCUCCCCAUCUACACCAUCCCAACAAGGCUCCCGCAGAACCCGCCGGUCCGCCACUCCUUCGAAAAUGGCUUCUCCAAAGAAGAAUACCGCUAGUCGCAAAUCUCGACAGAGCCGUGCGCAAAGGGAAGCUGCAAGUACCGCUAGCUCAACGGCUGCCAAUGCCUCGCUUCAAAGCACCCUGGAUGCGGCAGCAUCGACAGCAUAG